UUUGCAGUGCUCAAGAGGGCGUUUGACGCCUUCGCCCAGAGCAAGGGUUACAUAGAGUGUGACACGGUCGGCACAAUCCUGCAGAUGUUGGGUCAUGAGCCAUCCGAAGCUGAGCUCAAGAAGAUCAUUGCUGAAGUUGAUGCUGACGGAUCUGGCCAACUGGAAUUCGAGGAGUUCGUAGAGUUGGCAGCCGGCUUCCUGGGUGAGGAUGAGCACGAGGAUGCAGCUGCCAUGCAGGAGGAACUCAGGGAGGCAUUCCGUCUCUACGACAAGGAAGGAAACGGCUACAUCACGACAGAUGUCCUCAGGGAGAUCCUCAAGGAACUGGACGACAAAAUUACAUCAGAGGAUUUGGACAUGAUGAUCGCUGAAAUUGACUCUGACGGCUCAGGAACAGUGGACUUCGAUGAAUUUAUGGAAGUCAUGACGGGUGGAGAUGACUAAACCAACCUCAACUUCAACCAAUUUCACCUCCCAUCGUCAUCAUCGAAAAAUUCAUCAACAUUAUCACCAACAAAUAAUCAAACUGUAAGGAGAUUGCAGAGUAAACUGCAUAAUGAAGCUUUGGAAAUUUUCCAGGAAAGUUUCAAAUCACAAGAUUGAAUAGAGUAGGUUUAAAAUGGAUGAGAAAUUUCUGAAAUCACACAUUGUACAAACCAAUAUGAGAACAGUUCCCCAAAUGAUUUUCUAUUAUUUUUGUUAUCAAUAAAUUAAAUUGUUAAGAUUGA